AUGGACGGUACAAGCGAUGACGACGAGUGGGAGCGGAUUGCAGAAAUUGGUUAUCUGUUGAUGGCGACGCAGCAACAUCCUACAGUUUCAGCUCCAACUAACGGCCCCGUCGACGGCCCCGGAACCAACAGAGACGGAGGGCAGAUGGCGGCGGAGCCCCAGGCCCAAUUGCCCCAAUACAGCGGUGCAGGGUCGCCCGGGAGAUAUCACGUGACGCUUUCACCUGCAGCUCCGGCCUCCGGCAACCACCCAAACAACAUUGGCCCAUCACCGGGAGGACGCGUUCAGGAGCAUCACCGUCACAGCACCGGCGUCAUGAGGUCGCAUACCCCAUCGGGCGAUCCUACAGGCAGGCGAAGCUCCGUCUCCAAUCGUUUACGUGCCAGCAUCGGCGGAAGCGCUCUCCCCAGACCUAACACCUCUCUCAGAGAGUCUAGAACCUUUCGCGCAACACAGCCCACGUAUAACCUUUUCACCGGCGGCGAUGCCCACAGCAGACCCGGAUCUCGCGCAAGCCUAGCCGCCGAAUCCGUUCGUGCCGCCUCCUGCGAGAGCUCUAAAGAAAACAUGGCUCCCCCCGACGCCGCCGAAUACGAGAGCCAACGCCAUGUGAUCGAGGAGCUGAAGGCCGAGCUUGGCACACUUCGGUACACCAUCAGCACUUUUGAGCAGGAGAAGCAGAUGGCCGACGCCCGACACAAUGCUGAACUCGAGGACCAACGCCGCCGUGCCCAGGCCGACUUCACGGCGAAGCAGGCCGCCGAGACCGAAAAGUCACAGGCCGCGCGCCAGCUGGAGACCGCGCAAAGGGAAUUGAGCGAAUUACGAGAGAACAUCGCGCAAGAGAAGACAGGACUUGAGAAGCGUGCGCGCGACGCCGAAGAAGAGGCCCGUUUGCUGCAGGAACAAUUGGAAGACUUGUCGAGCGCCAAGGACGAGGCUGCGCGCAUCAACGAGAAGAAGACGAUCGACCUCGAAAUGCAGCUGCGCGCCGCCCAAAAGUCGACACAGGAGCUGGAGCAGGAGGCCCAUGCCCGUGAGGCUGCUCUGCAGCAGGUCCAGUCCCAGCUAGCCGACAAGGACAGCCAGGUGGGCAACCUGGAGUCAGAAGUUCUGCGCCUCAAGGCCCAGACGGGCGACGCCGACACAAUGGCGAUCAUUAAGCGGGAGUUGUCGGAGCAAGUGGCUCAUAUUCGCAACUUAGAGGCGACCAAUCGCGAGCAGCUCUCCGAGCUGAAGCACCUGCGACAGAUCCACCGGGCGGUUGAGGUUGUUGAAGAGGAGAAGCGAUCCCUUCAGCGGAAGCUCGAAGCCGCCCAGUCGCUCGAGGCUGAACUGUCGGAGGCGCGCAUCCAGCGCCAGCGCCUCGAGGACGAGCGCAUCGCCUGGACCGGCUACCUCGCCAGCACCGGUACCGACCUCGAGUUUGACUCGCCCGAGGCCGUCGCCCGCGCUCUGGUUGAGCAACGCUAUGAGACAGCCGCCCAGCUCGACAGGGUCGGCUCGCUGCAAGCCGAGUUGGCCGCGCAGGAGUCCGCUGUCAAGUCCCUCCAGGAAGAGAAUGCCACGCUCAAGUCACAACUCACCGAAGCGCGAUCCGUCGCGACGACCCAGAAUGUCGACAAGACGAGGCUGCGGACCGAGCGCCAGCGCGUGCUCGCGGUAAAAGAGGUCGAAUAUCUCCGUGCCCAGCUCAAGACGUUCGACGCCGAAGACGAAGCCUUCCAGCCCGAGGCCGUCGACGAGACCCGGACGCGACGCAUCCAGGAGCUGGAAGACCUAGUCGAUAAGUAUAGGUCGGAAGUGCAAGCACUGCACGCCGAGAUGUCCUCCAUUGAGUCCGGCCGGCCCGCUGAGCCCGCCCCCGCCGCUGCAGGCACCAAGCGCCACCGCGACGAAAACGAUGAGGCCCUGCAGGAGCAGCUGGGCCUGCUCUCGCGCAAGAGCCGCAAGCUCCAGGACCAGCUGGCGUCGGUGCAGACCCAGCACGCCCUCACGCAGAAGGAGCUUUCGGUCGCGCAGGAACAACUCAAGGCACUCAAAACGCAGUCCAAGACGCGCGUCCUCUCGCUGCGCUCCAACCCAACUUCUGAUUUCGAGGCCAUCAAGAUGGCCACGCUCAAGGCCCUUGAGCGGGAGAACGCGGACCUGCUCGCGCAGAUCCGGGGCGACCCGUCCUCAGCAGACCUCGUGCCGCGCACGCAGCUCGACGCCGCGAACCGCCUCGUCGAAGAGGCCCGCGCUGAGACGGCAUCGGCCCAGAAGUCGGCCAAGCGCCUCAAGGAGGUAUGGUCCAAGAAGUCGCUCGAGUUCAAGGAGGCCAUAUUCAGCACCCUCGGCUGGACGGUUAUGUUCAUGCCCAACGGCAAGAUGCGCGUCGAGUCGACCUUUUACCCGUCCCGCACGGACGAGUACGAGAACUCGAUUGUUUUCGACGGCGAGAAGGGCACUAUGAAGGUCGGCGGCGGGCCCCGCAGCGCCUUCGCUCGCCGCAUCGGCGACCAGAUCGGUUUCUGGGUCCGCGAGAAGGGCUGCAUCCCCGGCUUCCUCGCCGCGCUGACGCUCGAGUUCUACGAGGAGCACUCGCGGAACCAGAUGCAGACCGAGUGA